AUGCUGCUGAGCGUUUUUGGUGAUGGAGGUGGUGUUGGUGAUCCAGCUUUCCGCUCUACAAAAUCUUUCUCCCACCUGCUCUCACUCUCUCUUCUGCUGUUACCAGCUGCAGAUUUGGAUGGGGGAGAUGUAUUUUCCUAUGUUAUCUCUGUUCAUUAUUUCCAGACUCUGAAAUCUCAGUGCUCUGCCAGCUGCCCUCCUGGCUACAGAAAAGUCCCACAGAAUGGAGCGCCGCCCUGCUGCUAUGACUGUGCCUCAUGCUCAGAGGGGGAGGUCUCCAAUUUAACUGAUAUGGAGAACUGUGUAAAAUGUCCGGACUAUAAAUGGCCGAAUCAUGGGAAGACAUUGUGUCUUGAGAAACCACUUGAGUUUCUCUCAUAUGACAGAGACCCUCUAACUCUAAUCUUUAAUGUCAUCACUUUGAUUCUUUUUUUAAUAUCACUGAGUAUGUUGGGAAUCUUCAUUUCAUUUCGAGACACUCCAGUAGUGAAAGCCAAUAAUCGUAAUCUGAGCUUCCUCCUCCUUUUCACCAUCAAGCUGAGCUUCCUCUCUGUAUUUCUGUUCCUCGGUCACCCUGUAGAUAUAACCUGCAUGCUCCGGCAAACCUCUUUUGCAAUCACCUUCUCCACAUCUGUCUCUUGUGUCCUGGCCAAGACUAUAAUGGUUUGCAUUGCUUUCAAAGCCUCCAAGCCAGGGAGCUCCUGGAGAAAAUGGAUGGGGCCCAAAGAGGCAAAUUAUAUUGCUUUUGUUUGUUCAGUCAUCCAAAUAGUAAUUAGUGUUAUCUGGUUGGUCAUUUCUCCCCCAUUUGCAGAGCAAAACAUACAUUCUAAACCUGGAAUUAUCAUCAUUCAGUGCAAUGAGGGCUCAGUAGUUGCUUUCUAUAUUGUCCUCUCCUACAUGGGAUUGUUGGCAUCUGUGAGUUUCAUUGUAGCUUUCUUGGCUCGGACAUUACCGGACAGUUUUAAUGAGGCCAAGUACAUCACUUUCAGCAUGUUGCUCUUCUGCAGUGUUUGGAUCACAAUGAUCCCGGCCUAUCUGAGCACCAAAGGCAAAUACAUGGUGGCAGUGGAGAUAUUUGCCAUAAUCUCUUCAAACUGCGGGCUUCUUUUCUGUAUAUUUCUACCAAAAUGUUAUAUUAUUUUACUAAAACCAGAAAUAAACACAAAGCAAUAUUUACUGAGGAAUAAACAGAAAAUCACAGAAAGUCUUUGA